AUGUUUCGCAACAUCACAGUUGAUCCUAAGAUUUUCAGGAAGAGGAAGUUUCGCUCUCCAAGAGUUUUGUUUAGUACCCAACCUCCACCAAUAUCAGAGGACACUAUCCGGGCUAAAAGAACAGUACAUCCAGUCCUUCACCGGGGGGAAUACUCUGUAUGUGACAGUGUCAGUAUGUGGGUUGGGAAUAAAACCACAGCGAUUGACAUCAAGGGCAAGGAAGUAAGUGUGCUGGGAGAAGUCAAUAUAAACAAUAACGUUUUCAAACAGUACUUUUUUGAGACCAAGUGUAGCGAUCCAAAGCCAGUGUCAAGUGGAUGCCGUGGGAUUGACUCAAAACAUUGGAACUCCUAUUGUACCACCACACACACCUUUGUCAAAGCAUUGACCAUGGACGCGAAGCAAGCAGCAUGGAGGUUCAUACGGAUUGAUACAGCCUGUGUUUGUGUGCUCAGCAGGAAAACUCGAACCUUUUGA